AAAUGGCAGCAGUGAAGAGAGCAAGGAAGUUUAAAAUUUGGGUUAUCUGCUAUUCUUUCCGAGAUUUAAUUGCUUGAGGAGGAGAAAAUUCAUACACAAUGGAUGGUGACUUGCUACAACUGCCGAUGGUUGACGGUGAUGAGGCGUGUGAUGUUCCCGAAGAACCACCGGACAUUGAAAGCCAACUGGAUACUUUCCGUGAGAGCUGGCAGAACGAAAUUCAACAACAAGCUAAGGAUCUGAAGUUGAAAGAGGGUACAUCUCGUGUCAGCCCUGAUACUGAAGAACAUGCCAAGGUGUUGUUUCUGAAUGGAAUGCAAGCUGAACAGUCAGGAUCACUCUAUGAAGCAAUAUCAUUCUACAGACGAGCGAUGCAUCUGGUUCCUGAUAUAGAGAUGAGAAUUGAUUACACCAGCCUUUAUCGCCCGACUCGAGUGAGACAAGAAAGUGAGAGCUCUGUUGGCAGUGCUGACUUUGAUGAUUCUGAAGACGACCUAGUUAGCCAUUUGCAAAGGAUAAGAAUACAGAAUGAUGACAGUGCCAUCUGUCUUCCAGAGUACGAGCAAAGGGCAUCCCACAUUUCUUGUUUGCCGAUAGAAGUCCUUAUCCUUGUUUUCAAGUGGACCAUAACUAAUGAUCUCGACAUGAAGUCCCUGGAGAACUUGUCAGAGGUUUGUCGCGGCUUUUACUUGUGUGCUAGAGAUGAAGAAAUAUGGCGACUAAUUUGUUUGAGAUUGUGGGGAGUGAACUGCAGAAAUUGUAAGAAGUUUGGUAGCUGGAGGAUGAUGUACAUUGAAAGACCACACCUACUUUUCCAUGGUCUAAUGCUGAUGCAUACAAGUUCUGAUGAACCUAUGGUAAUGCUGACCAAGCUGAGAUCCAAACAGGCAAGAGAACAGGGACUUCUGAAAGGAUACUAUCGUGUCCUUGGAGACAGGGUUACCGGAGUACUGAAACGUGUAAAAUCAGGCAAGGAAAGUGGUGCUUACAUGAAACAUUCCAGGCACCGGGAGCAAAUGAGAAACAUGCACAGCAAUGAACAGACUUAUCACGUGGAAUUUGAGAUUACUCAUACAGGCAAACGCAAACACUGCCGAUUGAAUUGGCUUCAAUACUCUGUACACAUCAGAUACAAGAUCAACGAGUCUGAGACGGUAUCUGAGUUUGAAUUAAACAACAAGAGUUAUCCCCCUUUGUUGUUCUCUCGAGUGAAAAGCUACAAUGCUAUCUUUGAACCCCUGAAAUAGACAAGAUUUUACUGCUAGAAGAGGAUAAGGAUACACUUUUGCUAGACAACUGGUAUGAUAGAAAUCCUGGUGGAAAAUUUGUUUAUGAAUGCAGGAUGGUGACAUCAAGAAAGCAUUCAGCCAUUGGUCAAGGAACUGUUAACAUCUUGAUGGCUGACUGAGAACUGUUAUGUUAUGUGGUUUUUUUUUAGGAAAAAAAAUAACAUUUCUGCAGUGUUUUUAUUUUAAUGUAUUAUUCUUGCUUCCAUAGGUAUUCAUAAAAGAAUGAACCUACCAUUAUCACUAACUUAUGCAAAUGAUCUAGGAUUGUUACUGAGUGAUUCAGUUUUUGUUGUUAUAAGAAAGCUCUACUUACACAACAACAAUGAAAAUGAAUUUUAUUUUAUUUUGUUUUAUUAGAUGAUGGUGGUCAAUUCAAAUCGCCCUACAUCCGUGGUCCAUCAUCCAUCCGUCCAUAAACAGUUUUUGUUAUCGCUAUUUCUUGAGAAGUACUUGAUGGAUCUUUCUCAAAUUUCAUUUGUAGAUUUCCCUUCAUCCUUAGUUAUGCCCUUUUAGUUUUGGGACUGAUCAGAUAAACAAAAUGGCCGACAGACAGCCAUCUUGAAUUUUUUCAAUGAGGUUUGUUAUUGCUAAAAAAGUAUGAGAUGGAUCUCUCUCAAAUUUCAUAUGUAGGCUCCCCUUGGUCUCUAGUUGUGCAAGUUUGCAAGUUUGUUAUUACUAUGCCUUGAGAAGAACAGCAUUGCCCUUUCUCAAAUUUCAUGUGAAUGUUUCACCUGAUCCCUUAUUGUGACCAUUUGAUUUUGGGUCGCAUCGGAAAAAGAAAACGUCCGACAGGUGGCAAUGUUGGAUUUUGACUUCGAAAGGUUGUUAUGGCAGUUUCUAGAGAACUACAACAUAUAUCGUUUUAAUUUGGUACUGAUCAGAAAAAGAAAAUCGCCUACAGGCAUCCAUCUUGGAUUUUGACUUCGGAAGUCUGUUAUUACUAUUUUUUAAGCAAUAUAGCAUAGAUCUUUCUCAAAUUUUAUGUAUCGGUUCCUCUUUGUCCUGAGUUGUGCUUGUUAAAGUUUGGGACUGAUCAGAAAAACAUAAUGGCUGAUAGGCAGCUAUCUUGGAUUUCGCCUAGUAAAAAUUGUUUACCUACUUAAGGAGUACUGAAUGCAUCAUAUGUAAGUUUCCUUUUGUCUCUACUUGUGCUGGUUGGAUUUUGGGACUGAUCAGAAGAAACAAAAUGGCUUCCAGGUGACCAUUUUGGAUUUGGCAGGUAAAGAUUAUCAUGGCUUUUUCUGAAAAGGAAUGUUCAAAGUUCCUGUCAUGAAGAGCAAAUACAGAGAAGAGAAAAGAAAAAAGGGAGUAGCUCCAACUUUCAAACAGCAGUGGGCGCCAAGGUCCUUUUGGGAUUGCUUGUUUGAAAUAUCACAUUCAGCGGGGAAAAAAAUGCUUUUUACUUUUUAGUUUCUAUCUUGCCUGAGACUUCCAUGUUUUGUAUUUUGAUGCAUUUAUCCAAAAGCGUAUAUCAAAUUUUAAUCAAAGUAUAAAGCUAUAUCACACAAAGCUCAACCUGUCUAUUAGAACAAAACAUUAUACUGUCCAAAGAAAUUCAGUAUGCUGAGAAGUAGAACAUUUUUACAGUGUUGUGUUUAUUCAGUUUCUCAUAAAGAUACUCUAUUAUAAAUAUAAUAUAGUUUAGGCAUCUAAAGCUACCAGAUAGAUUACUGGCGUUUAAUUCUUUGUGGUGUAUUUUUUGGACAGACUUUAUGGCUUGCUCUUUUUAUUUCACAUUUAGUUUAUGGUUAUUUUGAAGCAAGUGCUAUCAAAUAUCUCCCUCCUCAAGAAGAUGGAUAUUUUUGGGGUAAAAAUAUAAUCUUUUGGGUAAUAAGAAUUAAGAAUUGAGAAUUAAAACAUUUACAAAUUUUCAAAUCACAUUCUACUAUGCACCAAUAUUUAAACUUAACAACCAGACAUUAUAUUCUAUUAUUUAAUAUGUAUCAUUUUGAUAUUUUUUGAGGGGAUUUGCAGUUUGCUAAAAGAACUGAUUAUACAUACAAAGUAGUAUGAGUAAGACGUUGACAUUAAUUAUGUGAAUUUUUGUACUUAUUAGUGAUAGAUGUAUUGAAAUAAACAUGAUGCAUUGUACAUGAAUAGAGGGUGAUGGAAUCUGGCAUUUGAUAACUAAUAAAACAUAACAGGGUUGUGUGUCUACACCUAAACUUCACCUUUAAAGGUCGUCUGUAUUGACAAAAGUUUAUUUUUCACUAAUAACAUGUAGAAAAGGUCUUAAGAAAGUGAAUGGUGUGUUAUAAUGUGAAAUAGUUAUUUUUACCUGCUUAACCUUGGAUAAGGUAACAUAUUAUAUAUAAUAAGAUAAGAGUUAUCUCCCUUCAGAGAAUCAAUGAUUUUUAUUGGUUGUUCAUUUUUUAUGUUAUUUAUUAAGGUUACGUGGCCUGUGUACUCUAAAUUGUUCAUAUUUAAUGAAAUAAGAACCGUAAAACAAAUUGACCUUUCCAGUUUGAGUGUCUGUAGCUUAACGAUGUCCAGUUAUGUUGAAACAAGCAGCAAAUUGUAUUGUGUCUUCGCUGGCGCUGACAAAUGCAAGCACACUUAUGCAUGUAGUCUGUAGAUGAAUGGUGAGGCAAAUUUAAGCUAUCUUAACUUCUACUUGUAAACUACAAAUAAAUGGUAACUGGUAUAGAUGUAGGUAAUGUCAUUCUGUAUUACUUUUGGUUUUCAUGCCUGUUACUGGUAAAUUCCACACAGAAUUUUUUUUACGAAAGUGACGAUCAUAAAACCAAGAAAAGUAUAGCAUGAUAGUUGUCUUCAGGACAGGUGUCGCGAUAAUGCCAGUAUUUUAUAGAUAAUUUAAGCCAUGAAAUAAACAAAGAUUAAUUAUAUUAUUAGGCAGCAAAAACAAGCUGGGGAUAACGAAAUAGGAUAUACUCAGCUUAUUGUAAUACAUAAAAAUGCACAGAAAAACACAUUUAAUAAUCGUGCAACUGAGACAUAAUUAGACCCCUCUGUGGUCACCUACAUAUUAAUAUAGGACCCAUUUUUCUCAAAGAUACCAAUUAAAAAUACUACAUAUUGUAUUAUAUUUAGUUAUGGUAUAUGAUAAAGUGUGACACCAUAUUUUUUUAGAUACAGGUAUAGGAUAUGAGAACAUCAACACAUUCACAUUGCAUAUGACUAUAUCACUAGCUCUGUAAUUAUUUAACCAACAAAAAGUAAAAUUGUCUAUUUCAAAAAUCCAUCAGUUUCACAUAUGAGUGCAGGUUUUCAUUGUGGUGCAUAUAACUUAGAAAUAAUAGACUCUUAUCUGGGAAACCAGAACCUAGAUUGAUGGAUGAGCACUUACCUUCAAUAAAGUGGUAACAGAUUUUUAAAAUCGGCAAGUAGAGCACUUGAUGCUAUUAUUGGAAAAAAUGUAUCUUUAGUAGGAACUGUAGUGUUAUAUAUUCACCAAUCUAUAUAACACAGCUGUGGAGCCAGUUCUGUUUUACAGAUUUCUGAUUUUAUCAACACUGUUAAAAAAAAGCUUCAAGAUACUACCAAUUGGUUGGAAAGCUUACACUAAACAAGGACAUGUUUCAUUGUGAAUGUGUUUAGUUCUCUGGUCACUUCACUCAAUGAGCAUGGAAGGGUCUUAAGAUGUUUACCAAAAUUGUAAAUUUUAUGACUCAAGGAUUUCCCAUUUUCCCUGUGGGACAGGGAAAAUUUACUAUAAUCUAUGUAGGAAAAUUUCAUUUUUAUGCAUAAUUUUUUAAUUUCCAUUGGGUAUACUGAAAUCUAUAUGUUUUCCAAUUAUCUUUAAUGACAGAUACAAAUUGAGAAGAGUCCAUCCCCUGUGUUGCUUGGUUUUGAAAAACUUUCCACAUUGUUUUGAUUUAAGACACUUGCAUUAGAUUUAUGAUGCCUCUGGUCAAUGCAAUGCACCAUGACUGCAGCUGAAAUAAUAUUUAUUAUGAAACUGUCGUAUUUUAUAUUCCUGUAUAUUAUUGUUUACACCAUCCAGGCUGGCGAAUCUGCAAUACAAGCAGAAAUGACAUCACAAAUUUUGAAUGCUGGAGAUCUAAGAAAAUUCAAAAUAUCAUUGUGGCUGUCUUUUUUUAAAGUGUUAAAACUUGAAUAUCUAAUUCAUACAUGUUUGAAAUCAUGUCAUAAUUUUGCCUUUGAAAACCUGAAAUUACAAUGUAAACAAUGUCAUUC